CGACAUUUUGCCAAUACAUUUAAGUACUCGACAUUUAAGUGCAUGAUACCUAAGUCCACGACAUUUGAGCUUACCCAACAUUUGUACAUGCCAUUUGAGGACUAUUUUCAUACUAAUAAUUUUCAUACUAACAUUCCUAGGUAAAAACAAUUCACAUAAAGAAUCACAAACAUGCCAACAACAAUUUAAAACUAGCUAAAUCAUCACUUGCAUUUUUGGAAUUUGUUAAUAAGCGCAAGCUUGGAAUUGAUAAAAUAAAAAAGAUAACAACUCCAAAAAAGGAAAUGAAAAAUAUUCAAAAUUUUUAUUCAAAUUUGGCAAACCGAAAAAAUGAUGGGAAAAUACUCUAUUUUUUAAAUGCACAAACGUUUAAUUUAGAUUAUCUUAUUAAAAUAUCUUCUUAUGGAGGAAAACCCGAAGAGAGUUUGGCCAAUAAAUUCUAUAAAUUUAUGAAAAAACGGGAGCUUAGUUUUGUUGAUCAAAUUAAAAAGUUUAUUGAGAAGGUGAAGAAGGAAGAUGAGGAGAAGGAAGAGAGGGAGGAGGAGAAUGAAGGGAAGAAUGAAGUUAAGGAGGAAGAGAAUGAAAGGAAGAAUGAAGAGAGGGAAGUGGAAGAAUUGCAGGAAGGUGGUGAAGAGAGAAAGAAGGAGAAGUUAAAAAAUGAAGGGAAGAAGAAGGGGGAGAAUGCAGUUAAGAAUGGGAAAGAAGAAGAAGAGCAGGAGGAAGAGAUAAAGGAAGAAGGUCAGGAGGACGAUGAAGAGGAUGAAGAAGAUGAAGAAGAAGACGAACAGGUGGAAGAGGACGAAGAAAAGAAAGACGAGAAUGGAGAUGAGGAAGAGAACGAAGAGUCGGAAGAGGAUGAAGUAAAGGAAGAGAGUGAGGAAGAACAGCAAGAGGAGGAUUUAUCAUAUCCCUAUACCAUACAAGAACUUGAACUAAAAAAUGACUGUUUAAUAAUGCUCUAUAAGGAGAAAUACAUAAUUAAAAAAUUAAUUUUUGAAGAGUUUAUGAAGAAAGGAACUGUGGAUUUUACUAAAAUGUUAGGAAAAAAGAAGACUAGUGGCAAGCCUAAAAUUAAUCGUGCUAAAUCGGUUGAAGUAAAGAAAAAUGAACCAGAAAAUGAUCGACAGAAUAGUGUGUCUUCUGUGAUUUUUAAAUCUGCUGCAACACUCAAAUCACGCUUUUCUAGCUUUCUUCCUUUCAAUUAA